AUGCUAAGAAAAUGGUUAUCUACAUUUCCAAAUAUAAAUAUUGAGAAACAUUUCAACGAAACCAUUAAUGAAGGAACAGAUGCAUGGAAACAUGUUUCAUCAUUGUCUCAUGCCAAACAGGCUCAAGAAAGAAUCCAAGAAUUCAAUAGGUUAAAAAGAGCAAGACAUCUUCUUGAUGCUAUUUUUCUUACGAAUGAAUUAAUUUCAGAUGGUUCUGACAUAGAAAUAUUGAGUCUUGCUAGUACAAUAGUAACUAGAUUUAAGGUUUUGGGAGUAUUUAAUACAUUAAUAGAGAAUUAUAAUGAGAAUACAAGGAUGUCAAUGUUAAAACCUCCUCACAGUGGUAUUUAUCAUUGUUGUACAUUUUGUUCAAGUGGAGGUAAAAAGGAAGCGACUUGUGGCUGUGGUGGAACUAUGCCUGGUGGAUAUCAGGGUUGUGGGCAUGGUCAUAUUGGACAUCCAGGUGUCAGCCACUGGUCUUGUUGUGGAUCAAUUUUGAAACACGGACGUUGCUUAGUCUUUCAAAAAUGUAUGCACCAACUGCUACUUUAAUGCCACUGGUUUGAAAUAAAUUUUAUUUUUACAUAUAUGUACAUACAUACAUAUAUAUGUAUAUGUAUAUAUAUAUGUAUGUAUAUACAUCGUUAUUUUUGUACAUUAGUCUUUAUUGCAUACAAAAUAGUAAUACAAAAUUGUAGAAUGGAAUGUGAUUACAUAUACACUUUAAACAUACCGCUUCUUAUGGUUUAACACGUCGUAUAUCCAUAUCAGUAAAAUAUCCUACAGUAUACCUCAAAUGACAGUUCUUGUAUCAUUCAAUCUACUAUUGUAACAUCACAUGACAAUUCAUAUCUAAUUUGACUUUUUUCUAAACGAGUAUUCUGUUUCAGAACAUUCCUUAUUCGCAUUUCGCUCUGACAAUAUUACUGCCAGGCAUACAUCAGUCUAAAUUUUUAUUAAAUGCUAGAUACUAUCGGUAUAACGUACCGGUAAUCCAUUGAAAUGAUAGUAUCCCUUAUUUCUUCAAAGGUUCCAUUUAAAAAUGCAUUUCGAUCGUACUGUGUCAAAAGCAUGUUUAAAAGUGCCUUUGCCUUUUGCAGUACAGUUGUCAAAUAUAGAGCGACCCUUUUACCAGCUCCAGAUGCAUUUUCGCUAGCAUGGCCUCGAUGUUGAGUACUCCACAUACAUUCUUUACAUGUCACCUGAAAAGGAAUAGCUCGUUUAUUUAAAUACCUAAGGAAACAAUUACGUAACGUGACGUAACAUAUAAUUAUCACGUAAUAUUAAAAAGCUAUGAUUAUAAACCUGUUGGCAUGCUAUACAAUAAAACCUCAAAGCCUGUGUAGAAUGUUUUUGACACAGUGCGGUGCGCCGCAAUUUGGUAGCUUCCCAGAGAGGUCUUAUUGUAUGUUUUAAUGGUUUAAAUUCCAUAGUGACUAAUUGUUGAUGUUCCAUCCCACACUCUGAACAGAAAUUCCGGAGACACGUGGAACACUGGACAAGUGCCUUUAAAAAGUAUGUUUUACAUUGCAUAGAAAACAGUUCAGUUAAAUAAUCUCGGUUGAAACAAAGGGACUUUAAUGCAUACAAUCACUUCAUCCGUGCAAACGUCGCAUAGAACUCUAUUCGCAAGUCUACAGCGUAUAGCAUCCAUAACCAACCGGUGCUGAAGAGGAUAGUGUGGAGGAGGAAUUGGAGAACCAACGCUGGGUAGACGAGAAUCGCAUAGAGGACACGUUUCAUGGAAAUUAUUCUUUUGAUCUCCAGAUCGUGUGUUCUGCAUCUUAAUGAUUUUAGGGGAAUUACAAGAACCUGUAAUAUACGAAAAUAUAUAAAUUCAACGUUCGGAGAUGGUAAUCCUCUAUUUUGGAUCACUUACGUUUGCUCAGUAAUUCUAAAACACACGGUGAACACAUAGGAUGCAGGCAUGGAAGAAGUCUCGGCUCGUGCAUCCGUUUACCACAUCUAGGGCACCGGAAAUCUUCGUCUUCCCCAUUCUUAAGGGAAGAAAAGAUUUCUUCUUCGGUGUAUUCGUUACUUACUUGAUUCUCUACGUUAUAAGACAAUUCAGAAGAUGGCUGGUACAUCGAAUUGGUCCUGUUUGUGCUCCAAGACACAGGCACCCUUGAAUAAACAUCGUAACUACAUAAAAAGAAAAACUAUAAUUAUUACUAUGUAUCGUUUAGUUCAAUAGUCUAUUUAAGGUAAUGUUUCUCAUGUAAAAUUAUAUUUUCGUUGCAUUAUUCCCUGCAUAUUUCGUUGUAUAAUCUUGUAAUCAUGGAAUGAUUCAUCUUCCUGCUCAGAACCGCGCAAACUCUGUGUACGAAAUCAACGAUAGAAGCAUCUAUCUUUAGAAUAUCUGACAAUACUCGAAUGGUUGUACACGUUGAAGAGACACAGACAUACAAGAGUAGCUUCAGAAUAAAAU